AUGGAGGGCGCGGCGGGCGAGCGGGCGCCGCUGCUGGGCGCGCGGCGCGCGGCGGGCGCGUUCGCGGGCCGGCGCCUGGCCUGCGGCGCCGUGCUGCUGGCCGAGCUGCUGGAGCGCGCCGCCUUCUACGGCGUCACGUCCAACCUGGUGCUGUUCCUGAACGGCGCGCCGUUCGGCUGGGAGGGCGCGCAGGCCAGCCAGGCGCUGCUGCUCUUCAUGGGCCUCACCUACCUGGGCUCGCCCUUCGGCGGCUGGCUGGCCGACGCGCGGCUCGGCCGGGCCCGCGCCAUCCUGCUCAGCCUGGCGCUCUACCUGCUGGGCAUGCUGGCCUUCCCGCUGCUGGCCGCGCCCGCCGCGCGCGCCGCGCUCUGCGGGGCCCCGCGCCCCGAGCGCCCGCGCAACGGCUCCGCGCCCGGCGCCGCCCGCCGCUGCGCGCCCGCCACCUUCGCGGGGCUGGCGCUCGUGGGGCUCGGCGUGGCCACCGUCAAGGCCAACAUCACGCCCUUCGGCGCCGACCAGGUCAAAGAUCGAGGUCCAGAAGCCACCAGGAGAUUUUUUAAUUGGUUUUAUUGGAGCAUUAACUUGGGAGCGAUCCUUUCAUUAGGAGGCAUUGCCUAUGUCCAGCAGAACGUGAGCUUUUUCUCUGGCUAUCUGAUCCCUACGGUCUGCGUGGCUGUGGCGUUCGUGGUCUUCCUCUGUGGCCAGAGCGUCUUCAUCACCAAGCCCCCAGACGGCAGUGCCUUCACGGAUAUGUUCAAAAUCCUCACCUACUCCUGCUGCUCCCAGCGGCGGCGUGGGGGGCGCUCAGGCAGUGGUGAAGGCAGUGGAGUCUUUCAGCAAUCUUCUAAACAAAGUCUGUUUGAUUCAUGUAAGAUGUCGCGCGGAGGGCCGUUCACGGAGGACAAAGUGGAAGACGUGAAAGCCCUGGUCAAGAUCGUGCCUGUGUUCUUGGCUUUGAUUCCAUACUGGACGGUGUACUUCCAAAUGCAGACCACGUAUGUCUUGCAGAGUCUUCAUCUGAGGAUUCCAGAAAUCUCAAGCAUCACCACCACCCCUCACACGUUCCCAGCAGCCUGGCUCACCAUGUUCGAUGCUCUGCUAAUCCUGCUGCUCAUCCCGCUCAAAGACAAGCUGGUGGAUCCUGUGCUGCGAAGACACGGCCUGCUGCCGUCCUCCCUCAAGAGGAUUGCGGUGGGCAUGUUCUUCGUGAUGUCCUCCGCCUUUGCUGCAGGAAUCUUGGAGAGCAAAAGGCUGGACCUUGUUAAAGAGAAAACCAUCAAUCAAACGAUCGGCAACGUGGUCUACCACGCGGCAGACCUGCCCAUCUGGUGGCAGCUUCCGCAGUACGUGCUGAUCGGCAUCAGCGAGAUCUUUGCAAGUAUCGCAGGGCUGGAGUUCGCCUACUCGGCUGCCCCCAAGUCCAUGCAGAGCGCCAUCAUGGGCCUCUUCUUCUUCUUCUCUGGGGUCGGCUCCUUCGUGGGCUCGGGGCUGUUGGCUCUGGUGUCUGUCAAAGCCAUCGGCUGGAUGAGCAGCCACACAGACUUUGGUAACAUCAACGGCUGCCACCUGAACUACUACUUCUUCCUUCUGGCCGCCAUUCAAGGAGUCACGCUCCUGCUUUUCCUCAUUGUUUCUGUGAAGUAUGACCUCCAGCGAUCAAGAGUGGAUGGAGGGCCAGCCAGCAGAAGAGUGGACGCCAGCCCUGCCAGUGGACGAGCCUGACCGCGGCCCUUGUGUGUGCCACACUGAGGAGCCCGGGCCCUCCUGGGCACCACACAGGAGUCCCAGGGCUCUCACGUGCUAGUGCACGAGACAGGUGUCUGGGCCGCUGCCAGGGCACCGGGGAGGGCUGCCAUCACCCGGCCUCCCAGCCCUGUGUGGCACAUGAACAGUUCUCUCUUUCCUCGCCCAGACCUAGUGCCUUACUGUGGUCUCCUGGCAGCCCGGCCCUCCUGGAGGAGAAGUGCAGGUCUCCAGGGCUUGAAGUCUUGGGGGGGAAGUAUAGGUGUGUAGGUUGACACACAUACUGUCACUUGCCACAAACCAUGUGGUCUCCUUUUAUAAAUCAGCCAACUUGGAGUAUCCUGAGGCAGGUGGGGUCCUCGGAGAAGAAGGUGUGUCUGGUGCCGGUGGGUUUAUCUCUGUGAUCGCCAUGUUCAUGGCUGCAGGUCUUGCCCCUUGCCAGGUGUUUUGGGAGUGGGUUGGAAGUGUGAAUGUCUCCUGUCUCAGGAGGCUUCUUCCUUAAACUACAGACGUGAUUGGAAGAGGCAUGCGGCAGAAUUAAAUCUGUGUCCUUUUUAGCUACGGAGCCCUCCAGUGUGUCAUGAGCCUUGCCCGUGUCCAUACUUUAUUAGCGUACUGAUGAAACCGGAGCCCGAUGGUGGUGAGGAAGCCCUUGCUAACGGAACUCACUCUGGACAGGAGGACUGAGCUGUGCGUGUGCUUAGGCCUCUGAGCUCUUCUGUCUGUGGCUGUGCUUUGGUGUAACUUUGUUAUUAAAGCUUCCCAGACGUGA